AUGAGGUAACAGUGUUGACAGUAGUGAGGUAACAGUGUUGACAGUGACUGGGUGAGGCAACAGUGUUGACAGUGAAAGUGUUGAGGUAACAGGGUUGACAGUUGUGAGGUAAGUGUUGACAGUGAAAGUGGUGAGGUAACAGGGUUGACAGUGGUGAUGUAAUAGUCUUGACAGUGACAGUGGUGAGGUAAAAGUGUUGACAUUAACUGGGUGAGGGUAACAGUGUUGACAGUGCACAUGUUUAGGUAACAGGAUUGACAGUGGUGAGGUAACAGGGUUGACAGUGACAGUGGUGAGGUAACAGGGUUGACAGUGACUGGGUGAGGUAACAGGGUUGACAGUAACAGUGUUGAGGUAACAGGGUUGACAGUGACACUGUUGAGGUAAAAGGGUUGACAGUGACGGGGGUUUCCCCAAGGGUUGGGGAAAGGAGGCCACAUUGGGGAUGUCCUCACCCCCUGUCACACCAAUCUUGGCACCCCCCCCCACCCACAAUGUGGGAGUGACACCAGCAUUUCCCCUCUACUUCUCUUCCACACACACACACACACACACACACACACACACACACACACACACACACACACACAACCUCCAUCUCUCUUCCUGGCAGUGGUGAUGUAACGGGGUUGACAGUGACCCCCGACCCACAAUGUGACAGUGACACCACCAACGUUUCCCCUCUACUUCUCUGCACACGCACACAGCAAAUACUUUGACCGUUCCAGAACAUAAAGCUGACAAGUGGCCUUGUUGUCACAAAGGGACAGGGGACAUACAGUGGGGAAAAAAAGUAUUUAGUCAGCCACCAAUUGUGCAAGUUCUCCCACUUAAAAAGAUGAGAGGCCUGUAAUUUUCAUCAUAGGUACACGUCAACUAUGACAGACAAAAUGAGAAAAAAAUAAAAUAAUCCAGAAAAUCACAUUGUAGGAUUUUUAAUGAAUUUAUUUCCAAAUUAUGGUGGAAAAUAAGUAUUUGUUAUAUACCCUUUGUUGGCAAUGACACAGGUCAAACGUUUUCUGUAAGUCUUCACAAGGUUUUCACACACUGUUGCUGGUAUUUUGGCCCAUUCCUCCAUGCAGAUCUCCUCUAGAGCAGUGAUGUUUUGGGGCUGUCGCUGGGCAACACGGACUUUCAACUCCCUCCAAAGAUUUUCUAUGGGGUUGAGAUCUGGAGACUGGCUAGGCCACUCCAGGACCUUGAAAUGCUUCUUACGAAGCCACUCCUUCGUUGCCCGGGCAGUGUGUUUGGGAUCAUUGUCAUGCUGAAAGACCCAGCCACGUUUAAUCUUCAAUGCCCUUGCUGAUGGAAGGAGGUUUUCACUCAAAAUCUCACCUUACAUGGCCCCAUUCAUUCUUUCCUUUACACGGAUCAGUCGUCCUGGUCCCUUUGCAGAAAAACAGCUCCAAAGCAUGAUGUUUCCACCCCAUGCUUCACAGUAGGUAUGGUGUUCUUUGGAUGCAACUCAGCAUUAUUUGUCCUCCAAACACGACAAGUUGAGUUUUUACCAAAAAGUUAUAUUUUGGUUUCAUCUGACCAUAUGACAUUCUCCCAAUCCUCUUCUGGAUCAUCCAAAUGCACUCUAGCAAACUUCAGACGGGCCUGGACAUGUACUGGCUUAAGCAGGGGGACACGUCUGGCACUGCAGGAUUUGAGUCCCUGGCGGCGUAGUGUGUUACUGAUGGUAGGCUUUGUUACUUUGGUCCCAGCUCUCUGCAGGUCAUUCACUAGGUCCCCCCGUGUGGUUCUGGGAUUUUUGCUCACCGUUCUUGUGAUCAUUUUGACCCCACGGGGUGAGAUCUUGCGUGGAGCCCCAGAUCGAGGGAGAUUAUCAGUGGUCUUGUAUGUCUUCCAUUUCCUAAUAAUUGCUCCCACAGUUGAUUUCUUCAAACCAAGCUGCUUACCUAUUGCAGAUUCAGUCUUCCCAGCCUGGUGCAGGUCUACAAUUUUGUUUCUGGUGUCCUUUGACAGCUCUUUGGUCUUGGCCAUAGUGGAGUUUGGAGUGUGACUGUUUGAGGUUGUGGACAGGUGUCUUUUAUACUGAUAACAAGUUCAAACAGGUGCCAUUAAUACAGGUAACGAGUGGAGGACAGAGGAGCCUCUUAAAGAAGAAGUUACAGGUCUGUGAGAGCCAGAAAUCUUGCUUGUUUGUAAGUGACCAAAUACUUAUUUUCCACCAUAAUUUGCAAAUAAAUUCAUAAAAAAUCCUACAAUGUGAUUUUCUGGAUUUGUUUUUCUUAAUUUGUCUGUCAUAGUUGACGUGUACCUCUCUCAUCUUUUUAAGUGGGAGGACUUGCACAAUUGGUGGCUGACUAAAUACUUUUUCCCCCCACUGUAAUAUGGUGACAGUGACACCAGUAGUGAGGUGGUUCUAGUGAAGGGCUACUGUAUAGGGGACCAUUACCUGUUGGACUGAGAGAGAGUUAGACCUCAGUCAGCAAAGUUGUACGAGUAAAGUAUCUAUUUUUAUAGACGUGGAUGAUUCAUAUUCUGACCAAUUUCUCCGAAUAUUAAGUUACUUUAUACCUCCGUUGGAGAGUGUUCUGCUUGCUGAGUGCAUGGGGGUUGUUCUGCUUGAUGAGUGCACGGGGGUUGUUCUGCUUGAUGAGUGCAUGGGGGUUGUUGAUUUGUUUUGAUUUCCUGGCUGGUCUCCAGUGUAAAUCAUAAAGGCUCUGUGGUGCCCUUAACCAUGCCUGGAAAGUGUGUGUGCGCACACGCACACGCACACACACACACACACACACACACACACACACACACAUCAUUUAUUGAGGGAAGGACAGCUCGGUGAGUUGUUGACAUGUGGCAUUGGUCACAAGCAGAGGAUCCAUGGCUAGAUAUUCAGACCUCCUAAAAACACACACACACCCCGCUAGCACACUGCCCCCUUGCCCCAUCCAGCCCCUUCAUCACACACACAGACAGACAGGGGGGCUUCAGUAGCCCCCUUCCUCUUCCUCAGAAAGGUGUUUUGGAAAGAGCUGAGGCCUGUUGCUCAGGAGAGGUGGGUCAGUCUCCGGGGACGGCAGGUGCGCUGUACUUCCUGUCCGUCAAGGAGUCACUUUACUGGAUCAGGUUCCAUCUAUUUGAAAUAGAUGGAGGGGUGUGUGUGUGUGUGUGUGUGUGUGUGUCUGUGAGUUGCAGUAAUCGAUUAGCCCUUGAUGGGUCAUGGUUGACAUCUUGAGAAAACACAGGUGUGUUUAUGUCCACACAGAUCUCUUGAGAGCAGUGACGGCCCGAUCUAUAGAACAGUGAAAGCCUUGGAAUGUUCCAGAAGGUUGACAGUGUCCCUGUAGAUGGAGUGAGUGAAGCACUGCCCGAACCAAGGACAGUCCAAACAUUUCAUCACCAUCACUUGGAAUCAGAGCCGCAGGCCUGGGGGUUCUUCUUUCAGACUGCUGCACAUUUCUCAGUCUGUGUGUGUGUGUGUCAAAUUGUCUCUCUGUGUGUGUGUCAAAUUGCCUCUCUCUCUCUGUGUGUGUGUGUGUGUGUUAAAUUGCCUCAGUGUGUGUGUGUGUGUCAAAUUGUCUCUCUGUGUGUGUGUGUGUGUCAAAUUGCCUCUCUGUGAGUGUGUGUGUCAAAUUGCCUCUGUGUGUGUGUGUGUUAAAUUGUCUCCAUAUGGAGACAGUAAACCACCCAAUGACUCUUAAACACUAAUGCCGAUAGUCAUUUUAUUGUAAAGUGGUUGUCCCACUGGCUAUCAUAAGGUGAAUGCACCAAUUUGUAAAUCGCUCUGGAUAAGAGCGUCUGCUAAAUGACGAAAAUGAAAAUGAAAAAUGGAAUGUAUGGAAUGUGUGUGUGUGAGCACAUGUAUGCAAUGCGUGCUGUGUGUGUGUGUGUGUGUGUGUGUGUGUGUGUGUGUGUGUGUGUGUCUGUGUGUGUGUGUGUGUGUGUGUUUGACAAUAGUCUGUCAUUAUCUGGACAUUGCUGGAUAAGAUACACAAGACACAGAUAUUCAAUGACCGUUCAAGCAAACCAAAUAAAACGUUCUCAUUCGUAUCUUAAUUAAUACGUUUAUUAUUCCAAAACCCAUUAGUACCCUCAGUUGUUAUAGUGUAAAAAGUGUUUCAGUUAUAAUUCUGAAUGUCUUGAUCGAGAACAAGAUUAUGAUACACUCUAAAUACGGGUCCAGGACAAGACCAUGGAUAAGACAGGUUGGGGAAAUCAUGCUGCCAAAGAGAUUAGAUAGUGGUUUCCACACUCGUUGGUUCUGAACUCUCCUCGUCAAUGUCAAAUAUUAAAGUGCCAUGCUCAAUGUCCUUUAUUAUUGCCUUCCACAGACAAACAUGGAUUUGUAAUUUUAUGCAACAAGCUUUUUCAAAUUCAGCUCACUGUGAGCAUAGUUUCCUUUUGAAGUCCACUCAACUCACAGAACAACCCUAAUGAAGCAGUUGGUGAAGUUGACAUACAAGAGCACGGCGCUUGUAACGUCAAGGUAGUGGGUUCGAUCCCCGGGACCACCCAUACACAAAAAUGUAUGCACGCAUGACUGUAAGUCGCUUUGGAUAAAAGCGUCUGCUAAAUGGCAUAUUAUUAUUAUUAUUAUUAUUAUUAUCAUUGUCAGGAAGCCACACCCACCCCACUGGGUUUAGAAGUUAAGAGAUAGAAAGUAUAGGUUCUGUAGACGUAAUGACGCUCAAAGUGAAAAAUCAUUCAACUAAAUAAUGAGGAUUUCUAUCAUCCUAAUCGAGGUGUAGAUUACAUCUCACAUUCCAGUGUUCAAAUUAAUUAAAAAUUAAUUAAUUAAUAAUUAAUGAAUUAAUUACCUAUUGCAGAUUCAGUCUUCCCAGCCUGGUGCAGGUCUACAAUUUUGUUUCUGGUGUCCUUUGACAGCUCUUUGGUCUUGGCCAUAGUGGAGUUUGGAGUGUGACUGUUUGAGGUUGUGGACAGGUGUAUUUUAUACUGAUACAAGUUCAAACAGGUGCCAUUAAUACAGGUAACGAGUGGCGGACAGAGGAGCCUCUUAAAGAAGAAGUUACAGGUCUGUGAGAGCCAGAAAU